UUGAAUGUGAAGAAAACGGGACAAUGUGAUUCGAAGCUCGAAAAGAAAAACGAAAGAUCACAUGUUAAAAAAGUAAGUUUUCAGAAUUGUAGAAUUUUUAGAAAAAAAUGUGAUUUCUUUUGCAGGAAGCAGUUGAAUUGGGAGAAGAUGACCAAGUGUUGGAAAAUGAGAAGAAAGCGAAGAAGAAUGGAAAUAGAUUGGUGAAAAAAGUAAGUUUUCAGAAUUGUAGAAUUUUUAGAAAAAAAUGUGAUUUCUUUUGCAGGAAGCAGUUGAAUUGGGAGAAGAUGACCAAGUGUUGGAAAAUGAGAAGAAAGCGAAGAAGAAUGGAAAUAGAUUGGUGAAAAAAGUAAGUUUUCAGAAUUGUAGAAUUUUUAGAAAAAAAUGUGAUUUCUUUUGCAGGAAGAGAUUGAAUUGGAUGAAGAUGAACAAGUGUUGGAAAAUGGGAAGAAAGAGAAGAAAAUUGGAAAGGAGAUAGUUAAAAGAGUAAGUUUUCAGAAUUGUAGAAUUUUUAGAAAAAAAUGUGAUUUAUUUUGCAGGAAUAA